AAAAACUACUUAAGGGCAUUUUUGACAUUUUACAAAACACUUUAAAAGUGAAUCAGAGUGUAUUCUACUCACUAUUUCCAUUCUAGGAUCUUUGUUAGCCCUUCUUCAUUGUCAUUUUUUCCCUCCAUUAAUCCCAUUUAAAUGUUUUCUUUCACUCAUUUUCCUAAAUCCCAUUUCAAUGUCUUCUUUGACUAAUUUAGUUUACAGACAAUUCUCAAAGAAAUAUUUAUCUUUAUCAGCAACAAAAAAGUUGCAUGCUUUGAUUCUCAAGACACAACUUUCAUGUGACCCCUUUUAUGCCACCCAAAUGGUUAGAUUGUAUGCCAUUUAUGGGGACCUUUAUUCUGCUCGUUACGUGUUUGAUAAAAGUCCCAACCGAAGUGUUUACCUAUGGAAUUCCAUAAUUCGAGCUCAUGCUCAAGCUCACAGAUUUGUUCAUACUUUUUCUCUGUUGAGGAGUAUGUUGAUGAGUGAUAUUGAACCUGAUGGCUUUACAUUUGCUUGUGUGGUAAGAGCAUGUUCUGAGAGAUUUGAUAUGUAUGGACUGAAACUUGUUCAUGGAGUUGCUCUAGUUUCUGGCUUAGGAUUUGACUCAAUCUGUAGUAGUGCACUUGUGACAGCUUAUUCAAAGCUAAACUCUGUUGAAGAAGCUGGUAAGGUGUUUUAUGGAAUACCAGAGCCAGAUUUGGUUCUGUGGAAUACCAUGAUUUCUGCUUAUGGGAAUUGUGGAUUAUGGUACAGAGGACUAGAACUCUUCAUUAAGAUGCAAAAUAUGGGGAUUCAGCCAGAUGGGUAUACAUUUGUUGGUCUGCUUUUGAGCUUGGUUGAUUCAAGUAUUGGAAAAGGGAUACAUGGGUUUUGUUUGAAACAUAGUUUUGACUCUAAUGUUCAUGUAGGUAGUGCACUUGUGAGCAUGUAUUCCAGAUGCAAAUCCAUGGAUUCUGCAUAUAAAGUUUUUAGUGAAAUUUCACAACCUGAUUUAGUUACAUGGUCUGGUUUGAUUAGUGGAUAUUCUCAAUCUGGACAACAUGAGAAUGCAAUUGUUUUCUUUAAGAAAUUUACUUUGUCAGGUAAGAAGCCAGAUUCUAUAUUGAUAGCUAGUGUUUUAGCAGCUUCUGCUGAAAUGGUAGAUGUAAAUCAUGGUAGUGAAAUUCAUGCUUAUGCUCUUAAACAUGGAUUUGAUACUGAUGUCAUGGUUUGCUCAGCUCUCAUAAACAUGUACUCAAAGUGUGGUUUCUUGGGUUUGGGAAUUCAGGUUUUUGAGAUUAUGCCAGAAAGGAAUAUUGUUUCAUACAAUGCAUUGAUUUUAGGCUAUGGUUUGCAUGGACUUGCUUCCCAUGCCUUUAGAAAAUUCCAAGAGAUUUUGGAUAAUGGAUUAACCCCAGAUGAAUGCACAUUCUCUGCUCUGCUUUGCUCUUGUUGCCAUGCUGGCCUUGUUGAAGAUGGAAAACACAUUUUCAGAGUAAUGAAAGACAAGUUUUGGAUUCAACCCAAGACAGAACAUUAUGUUUACAUGGUGAGACUUCUUGGGAUGAAUGGAGAGUUGGAAGAGGCUUAUUAUAUGGUACUGUCUUUGCCAGAACCAGUAGAGCAUGGGAUUUGGGGAGCACUCUUAUCAUGCUGUGAUGCUUGUGGAAAUUCAAGACUAGCUGAAAUUAUAGGACAAAGGUUGAUUGAGAAUAAUCCUGAAACUGGUUCUUACAAAGUUAUGCUUUCUAAUAUUUAUGCUGGUAAUGAGAGGUGGGAUGAUGCAAGGGAACUGAGAGACUAUAAAGGAGAAAACCAGAUGUCAAAGAUGCCUGGGCUUAGCUGGUCUGCAGGCUAUUGAUUAUUAGAGAAGUUUGAUCUGUUUUCAGAAACUCA